CGGUCUAUGAAGCCUCCAUCAUCAAGCUAGCAGAAAGGGAAAAAACCUUGCAAACAAAACUUAAGGAAAUUGAGGAACAACUACCCAAGCCAGAGGUGCUUAAGAGAAAAAGUAAACCUUCUAUGAAACUCCUUGAGGCCACAGAGGUAGACGAACCAGCAGCUAAGAAAAAGGCAUACCCAACAGACCAACAAAACGAUCUAAGGUUAUGGAAUGAAAAGAAAAUUGAACAUCUACAGCGUGUCAUUAAUCAGUUGAGAGAAGAGAACUCGAAUCUAAAAAGAGAGAACGAGAGGCUGAAAAAUGAAAUACUUGAAAAAAUCCCACCUCUCCUUCAGGCUACAGAACAUUUACUUACCAAGCCCAUGACAAUGAAUGCAGAUCUUCCUGACAUGUCAAAGUCUCAACCUGAUGCUACCCUCCCUCAUUCUCCUAAAGUGCCCAACUCUUCAUGCAAAGCUUCUACAUCUGGUGAUGCUAAAGGUACCAGUGAUGCUGAAUAUGUGGAGAUAGCACAUGCUACAGGAGUAAAAAUUCUUAAACAUCAGUGGGCUGCUGCUCUUCAGGCCAAAACACCCACUUCAAUGGUGCGUGUUCUUCUGAUGGCUGCCUUCCCACUGGAGGUUUUGAUCCAGAGCAAUUUAAAAGGACACAGCAAAACAGACAUCGGCGCAGAGCGAAGAACUGCCCUUGAUAAAGAAACCAUGACAGCCAUAUAUAUGGCAGUCAGGAAGAGGUUCCCCAAUGUAUCCAGAGGGGCUUUGGGGAUUGCAGUCAAUUCAAAGCUAGGGGAACUCAGACUGUUGGAGAAGAAAAAAGUUACAUCUUAAGUAUGUAUUAUGUUCACAUACACAUACACAUAUGUGUUUGUGUGUAUAUAUAUAUAUAUAUAGACAUAUAUAGAUAUAUAUGUGUGUGUGUGUGUGUAUUCCUCUGCUUGUUAUUGAUCAGUAAAUAUCUUUGAGUAAUCACAUCUUUAUUGUGUUAAUAGCAGUUCACAUCUAAUUCACAGUAUUGUUAUUUAUAAGUGUUUGUUGCAGUUGCAUUUUGUAUAGCAUAAUGUAUAU